AUGAAUUUUCUGCUUUUAUUGAUUCUUUCAUUUCGCAUCUCCUUCACAAAAUGUGUCAAUUACGAGCUGCCACAAGUUCCACCCCAUUUGCGGAUCCUGGAUGAAAAAAGUGAACCAAUCAACUCCUCCUUCCCAGUCACCUUCUACAAAGACGCUUAUGUGGAUUUUAGAACCUCUCCACCACGUCUUCGAAUCUUCACCCUCGCUGGAUGUUUACUAGAAAAUCAAUAUUUGGAGGUUGACGUCUUCUCGAAGGGAGUCAGAAGUCCAAAAGUUCUGAAAAUUUUUGGGGACGCUCAUAAAGCGAAUUGUCGGGAUUCAUCUGGAAUUUCAGCAACUCCAUGUUUUUAUGUGGCAAACACUUUUGUUGCGAAUUUGACGUCUUCUGGAGAACUGGAAAAGGUUUGGUGGCAUAGAAAAUCCAAAAAAAUUAGGUCAUGA